AUGUUUCCCUUGAAGGAUGCUGAAAUUGGUGCCUUUACCUUCUUUGCCUCAGCUCUGCCACAUGAUGUUUGUGGAAGCAAUGGGCUUCCUCUCACACCAAAUUCCAUUAAAAUUUUAGGACGUUUUCAAAUCCUUAAGACCAUUACCCAUCCCAGAUUGUGCCAGUAUGUGGAUAUUUCUAGGGGAAAACAUGAGAGACUGGUGGUCGUGGCUGAGCACUGUGAAAGGAGUUUGGAAGACUUGCUUCGAGAAAGGAAACCCAUGAGCUAUUCAAAGGUUUUGUGCAUAGCAUUUGAGGUACUUCAGGGCUUGCAGUAUAUGAACAAACAUGGUAUAGUACACCGUGCACUGUCUCCUCAUAAUAUUCUUUUAGACCCAAAGGGGCAUAUUAAAUUGGCUAAAUUUGGACUUUAUCACAUGACAGCUCAUGGUGAUGAUGUUGAUUUCCCAAUAGGGUAUCCUUCAUACUUGGCACCUGAGGUAAUUGCACAAGGACUUUUCAAAACCACUGAUCAUAUACCAAGUGAAAAGCCGUUGCCUUCUGGCCCAAAAUCAGAUGUAUGGUCUCUUGGAAUCAUUUUAUUUGAACUUUGUAUGGGGAGAAAAUUAUUUCAGAGCUUGGAUAUUUCUGAAAGAUUAAAAUUUUUGCUUACUUUAGACUGCGUAGAUGAUACUGUAAUAGUUCUGGCAGAAGAGCAUGGUUGUCUGGACAUUAUGAAGGAACUUCCUGAAAAUGUGACCAAUCUUUUGAAGAAGUGCCUCACCUUCCACCCUUCUAAGAGGCCAACCCCAGAUGAAUUAAUGCAAGACAAAGUGUUUAGUGAAGUAUCACCAUUAUAUACUCCCUUUACCAAACCUACUAGUCUGUUUUCAUCUUCUCUGAGAUGUGCUGAUUUAACUCUACCUGAGGAUAUCAGUCAGCUCUGUAAAGACAUCAACAGUGAUUAUCUGGCAGAAAGAUCUAUUGAAGAAGUAUAUUACCUAUGGUGUUUGGCUGGAGGUGACUUGGAGAAAGAGCUUGUCAACAAAGAAAUCAUUCGAUCCAAACCACCUAUCUGUACACUGCCUAAUUUGCUCUUUGAAGAUGGUGAGAGCUUUGGGCAGAGUCGAGAUAGAAGCUCACUUUUAGAUGAUACUACUGUGACAUUGUCAUUAUGCCAGCUAAGAAAUAGAUUAAAAGAUGUUGGUGGAGAAGCAUUUUACCCAUUACUUGAAGAUGACCAGUCUAAUUUACCUCAUUCAAACAGCAAUAAUGAAUUAUCUGCCGCUGCUACUCUCCCUUUAAUCAUUCGAGAGAGGGAUACAGAGUACCAACUAAACAGAAUUAUUCUCUUUGACAGGCUGCUAAAGGCUUAUCCAUAUAAAAAAAAUCAAAUCUGGAAAGAAGCAAGAGUUGACAUUCCUCCUCUUAUGAGAGGUUUGACUUGGGCCGCUCUUCUAGGAGUUGAGGGGGCUAUUCAUGCCAAGUAUGAUGCAAUUGAUAAAGACACUCCAAUUCCUACAGACAGACAGAUUGAAGUAGAUAUUCCUCGAUGUCAUCAAUAUGAUGAACUGUUAUCAUCACCAGAAGGUCAUGCCAAAUUUAGACGUGUAUUGAAAGCCUGGGUAGUGUCUCAUCCUGAUCUUGUGUAUUGGCAAGGUCUUGACUCACUUUGUGCUCCAUUCCUAUAUUUAAAUUUUAAUAAUGAAGCUUUGGCUUAUGCAUGUAUGUCUGCUUUUAUUCCCAAAUACCUAUAUAACUUCUUCUUGAAAGACAACUCACAUGUAAUUCAAGAGUAUCUAACUGUGUUCUCUCAGAUGAUUGCAUUCCACGAUCCAGAGCUGAGUAAUCAUCUCAAUGAGAUUGGCUUUAUUCCAGAUCUUUAUGCCAUCCCUUGGUUUCUCACCAUGUUUACCCAUGUAUUUCCACUACACAAAAUUUUUCACCUCUGGGAUACCUUACUACUUGGGAAUUCUUCUUUCCCAUUCUGUAUUGGAGUAGCAAUACUUCAGCAGCUACGGGACCGCCUUCUGGCUAAUGGCUUUAACGAGUGCAUUCUUCUCUUCUCUGAUUUACCAGAAAUUGACAUUGAACGCUGCGUGCGAGAAUCAGUCAAUCUGUUUUGUUGGACUCCUAAAAGUGCUACUUACAGACAACACGCACAGCCUCCAAAGUCAGCUCCUGAUAGUGGAGUCAGAAGUUCGGCACCUUAUUUCUCCUCUGAGUGUCCAGAUCCUCCAAAGACAGAUCUGUCAAGGGAAUCCAUUUCCUUAAAUGACCUAAAGUCCGAAGUAUCGCCGCGGAUUUCAGCAGAGGAUCUGAUCGAUUUGUGUGAGCUCACAGUAACAGGUCACUUCAAAACACCCACCAAGAAAACAAAGCCCAGUAAACCAAAGCUCCUGGUGGUUGACAUCCGGAGCAGUGAAGAUUUUAUUCGUGGACACAUUUCAGGAAGCAUCAAUAUUCCAUUCAGCACUGCAUUUACAGCAGAAGGGGAGUUUAACCAGGGUCCUUGCACUGCUGUGCUCCAGAGCUUCAAAGGGAAGGUCAUUGUCAUCAUGGGCCAUGUGGCAAAGCACACAGCUGAGUUUGCAGCUCAUCUUGUGAAGAUGAAAUAUCCAAGAAUCUGUAUUCUAGAUGGUGGCAUUAAUAAGAUCAAGCCAACAGGCCUCCUCACCAUCCCAUCUCCUCAAAUAUGAAGAAUCAAGGGUAUGGCUAUCAAAAGGAUAGAAAGGCAUGAGCACCCAACAGCACAGCUCUUCACUCCCUUGCCACUCUAAGACAAGACUAGAGAUCCGGAUUGUUGCAUUUCCAUACAGCUUUCUUCUGAAACUUUAAAAAAAAAAAAAUCUCAUGACCCAAAUGUUCAGCUAUCCAGGCAACAAACUUGACUGUACAUGUAUUGCUGAAAGAAUUUUCUUAGUGGUGAAAUUUGAUCAUGUAUUUUUACCACAUGCCACACAAAGCCAGAGGAAUCCAGCUGACAAGGUAGGGUUAGCAUUAUCAAGAAACCCCAGUUACACUGAAAAAGCUGUCCUCCAUUGCGCUGAACAGACAUUCCUAACAAAGGUAUCGUGUAGAAUUACAGACUGAAUGUGAGCUGGAAUCAUCUUCUUUCUGUGAUAAUAAAAAGCAAAACCUAAUCCUAAUACAUUCCUGAUUAAUAAAUGCUGUAUUUAGUAACUCAGUUUUGAGUACAUAAUGGCUCAGACAAGAUGUGUGUGUGUGUGUUUAGAGAUAGUAGAGUUAUGUCAUUGCAGAAUGUAGUAAUAGGUUACCUACAGAGAUAUGAAAGUCAGAAACCAUUUAUAUUAGAAUAUUUGUUCAGCUCCUGUAGCAGAGAAACCCAAGAUAAGACUGGCUUAAACAAACUAGAAAUUUCUCUUUCAUGCAAAAGUCUGCAUAACCAACCUAGGAUAUAGGGCUAGUAUAUUGGCUUCCUGCCUUUAAGAAUUUAGAUACCUUCUGUCAUUGUUUUACCACCCUCAAUACGUGGCUUCCAACUCAUGGAUAAAGAUGGCUGCUCACUUCCCACCAUCUCAUCUGCAAUCUAUAAAGAGAAGAGGAGGAAAAGAAAGAAAAAAAAAAAAAAGGAA